AUGUCUGCGACAUUUACGGAGGCAGGUUCUUGGAACACCUUAGAACCUAAAUUGAGUCUUUUCACUUUGGAAACUUUGGAAACUUUAGGUUUUUCAAAAAUGACACCUGUUCAAGCAAGUACCAUUCCAUUGUUUAUGAAAAAUAAGGAUGUAAUGGUUGAGGCAGUGACAGGUUCUGGUAAAACUCUUGCAUUCGUUAUUCCAAUAAUCGAAAAAUUAGUUUAUCGGAAAAAACGACUAGCAAGUAAUGAAAUAGGUGCUUUGAUCAUCACUCCUACAAGAGAACUUGCACAGCAAAUAUCAUCAGUGUUUUCCAUAUUUCUGAAAGAUCCUUCUUUACCAAAGCAUGCACUCAUCAUCGGAGGUGUUACGACACUUCAAGAUGAUAUUACCGAAUUUAAGGAAUUGGGUCCGGAUAUUCUUAUAGGAACACCUGGACGAUUACAAGAUUUAAUCAUCGGUAGAGGAAAUGCGAAAAGUGUGGUGAAUACAAAAGAAUUAGAGAUAUUAGUAUUAGACGAAGCUGAUAGAUUGUUGGAUAUGGGAUUCUCUCAAACUUUAAAUAAUAUCAUUGCACAUUUACCCAAACAAAGACGAACUGGACUAUUCUCCGCAACGAUAACUGAUGCGAUCUCUGAGAUCGUUCGUGCAGGAUUAAGGAAUCCAGUGAGAGUUGUUGUCAGGGUUCAAGAUAUAAUUUCAAAGGAUGAAUUGAGGACACCAGCAACUUUGGAUAUUGGAUACAUUGUAUGUGAACCGCAUCAAAAAUUAAUUCAGUUAAUACGAAUAAUCAAUCAGGAAGCGAUCGCAAAAAAAUAUAUUGUCUAUUUUGCUACUUGUGCUUGUGUUGAUUAUUUUUAUAAGAUCUUAUCAAGGGUGCAACAAUUAAAAGGAACAUCCAUUCAUUCAUUACAUGGACAAAUGGAUACAAAGAGACGAACGGCCACCUAUCAUUCAUUUCUUAACACUCCGACUACAUCAAAAGCACUUUUAUUGUGUACCGAUGUCGCCGCACGAGGAUUAGAUAUGCCUGAUGUAGAUUAUGUCAUACAAAUGGAUCCGCCUCAAGAUCCAAAAGUUUUUUCUCAUCGUUGUGGCAGAACUGCAAGAGCUGGAAAAGAAGGCAAGGCUAUCGUAUUAUUGGUAAGAGGAAGGGAGGAAGUGUAUGUAGAUUUUUUGAAGAUUCGAAAAAUCCCUUUACGACAACUUUCCUAUGUAUUACCUGAUUCAAUCACAACGCAAGACCCCGUCGUUGAUGAAGAAAACGAGGUUCUUCUGAAACAAGUUCGAGACAUCAUUUUAACGGAUCGAGAUUUACAUGACAAGGGUAUAAAAGCUUUCGUUUCAUACGUUCGUUCAUAUACAAAGCAUGAUGCUAGUUACAUCUUUCGCUUGAAAGAUUUAAACUUGGGCAAGGUUGCCAAAGGUUACGGUUUACUACGGUUACCGAAAAUGCCCGAGCUAAAAGAUUACAAAUCCGAUGAUUUCGAAGAAACCCCUAUAAAUAUGGAUGAAUAUAAAUACGCUGAUAAGUCUCGUGAAAAACAGAGAAGGCAAAAAUUAACCGAAGCAAAAUUAAAAUCUGCCACACAAUCAGAUAAAAGGCAUAAACGACAACUACUCCCAAAGGAAUUACAAAAAGAGGAACGAUUGGCAAAGAAAUUUAAAAAGGGAAAAAUUAAUAAAGACGAAUUUGAAAAAGAAAUAGGGUUAUUUUCCGAUUGA